AUGGGUAGUCAACGACAAAGAGAAAUCGUUUGGAUUCAGUGCGUCGCGUUGCUUUGUUUAUUUGACUGGUCUGCAGCGCAGAUCUCUUACUCCGUUUCAGAGGAGGUGGACAAAGGCACGUUUGUGGGGAAUCUCGCUAAGGAUUUGAACCUUAAUGUACACGAACUGGAGUCGAGGGGUCUAAGGAUUGUAUCGGGACACAGUAGGCCUAAGAGGUAUUUCGAGGCGAAUUUGAAAACAGGAAUUCUAUAUGUUAACGAGAGGCUAGACAGAGAGGAGCUUUGUCCGAAUACGGUAAAGUGUUCGCUAAACAUACAGGCCAUAUUGAGCCAUCCUACGCAGCUCCACCGUAUAGAGGUGAAUAUCUUUGACAUAAAUGACAAUGCACCAUCUUUUCGUGAAACCGUGAAAUUAUUAAAUAUUUCAGAAUCCUCAUAUCCCGGUGAGAGAUACCUUCUACCGGUAGCCAAUGACGCAGAUACGGGCAGUAACUCGGUAAAGAGCUACAAGCUGAGCCCGAAUGAAUACUUCUCCCUGGAUGUACAGAGCGGUGGAGAGCAGAGUGUGUCUGCUGAGUUAGUGCUGCAGAAAGCUUUAGACCGAGAGAAACAGCCCGUUAUCCAGCUCACCCUGACCGCUGUAGAUGGAGGAAAUCCUCCAAGAUCCGGAACGUUACAGAUUAUUGUUAACGUAAUGGAUGUAAAUGACAAUACGCCAGUAUUUAGCCAAUCCCUUUACAAGGCAUGUGUUUCUGAAAACGUUGCCUUUGCGUCAUCUAUAUUAACAAUCACCGCCACUGAUUUAGAUGAGGGGGUAAAUGGUGAUCUUGUUUAUUCUUUCAUUGAACGGGGACAUUUUAACCCUGCCGAUACAUUUUCCAUCAAUUCAGACACAGGUGAAAUUAAACUUAAGGGGAAGUUAGAUUAUGAGGAAAACGCUGCAUACGAAAUUCGUGUGCAGGUGUCAGAUCGUGGGCACUCUCCUCGCAGUGCCCAUGGUAAAGUGUUAGUGGAAGUUAUUGAUGUUAAUGACAAUACCCCUGAAAUAUCCGUGACGUCACUUAUGAGCCCAGUGAGAGAGGAUGCUGAGUUAAUGUCUGUGGUCGCCUUGGUCACGGUAAAUGAUAAAGAUGGAGGUAAAAAUGGCCUCACCAACUGUAAUCUUGUAGGGUCUGUCCCUUUCAAACUAAAGUCGAACUACAAAAACGAUUAUUCUUUAGUGGUAGACGGGCCUCUUGAUAGGGAGAGCACUGCUCAGUACAAUGUCACCAUCACAGCUACGGAUGAAGGGACCCCUCCUCUCUCCAGCACCAGAGUUAUUACUGUAGACGUUUCUGAUGUGAAUGACAACACUCCUCGCUUCUCAGAAUCAAUUAUUAAUGUUUAUGUGAAAGAGAACAGUCCGGUAGGUGACGUCAUUUAUACGACGUCUGCUUUUGAUCCAGAUUCAGAUGAAAAUGCAAAAGUGACAUAUUCAUUAUUAGAUAAAAGUGUUUCAAUAUCAUCAGCUGUAAAUAUAAACUCAGAUACAGGAGAUAUAAUCAGUCUUCAGUCUUUUAACUAUGAGGAGAUAAAAAAGUUCCAGUUUAAAGUUCAGGCCACAGACUCUGGUAUUCCUCCGCUCAGCAGCAACGUGACUGUGAACGUUUUUAUUCUGGAUGAGAAUGACAACAGACCUGGGAUUCUCGCGCCCUAUUCUGAUCACGGCUCCGUUAACUCUGAGAACAUUCCCUAUUCUGCUGAAGCGGGCUACUUUGUGGCCAAGAUCAGGGCUGUAGACUCCGACUCUGGCUACAAUGCGCUGCUUUCUUAUCACAUCUCUGAGCCUAAGGGGACCAACCUCUUCCGAAUCGGAACCAGCACCGGGGAACUAAGGACUAAGAGGCGAAUGAGUGACAAUGACCUGAAAACUCACCCGUUGGUGGUGUUGGUUUCUGAUAACGGAGAACCCUCACUGUCAGCGACUGUGUCUAUCGAUGUAGUGGUGGUUGAAAGUACAGGUGAAAUACAGACUCAAUUCAAAAAUGUACCGAGAAAGGAGGAGAGCUUCUCUGAUUUAAACCUGUAUUUGCUGAUCGCCAUUGCCUCGGUGUCAGUGAUAUUUUUAUUGAGCGUCAUUAUUUUAAUCGCUGUAAAAUGGCACAAUACAGAUGACAGUUUCAAAAGGUACGGCGCCCCAAUGAUCACCACACACCCUGACGGGAGCUGGUCUUACUCUAAAUCUACUCAGCAGUAUGACGUGUGUUUCAGCUCAGACACACUGAAGAGUGACGUAGUGGUUUUCCCCGCACCGUAUCCACCUGCAGAUGCAGAACUGAUCAGUAUUAAUGGAAAUGACACGUUGAACAGGACUCAAACAUUACCCAACCAAGACAAGUGGGCGUUGCUGUCCAUGGUUCUGAAGGCGCGCUAA